AUGAACACGCUGGUGACCUGCCUGCCGGAGCUCUACGCUAUUCGUCCGCGCAGCCGGAUUGCCUAUCCGCGUUCCAUCCUCAACAGCGAGAAGGCACCGCAGAUGCGUGUACUGCACAGCAAGCUCGGCAUGCCCGCGCCCGCCGUCUACCACAUCACGCGCAAUCUCAUCAUGGAGUCCAAACUCACCAUCAAUGCACGCAUCAUUGUGGUCGGGGCUUCUACAACUAGCCUUGCCUUCCUAGAAACACUGGUGUUCAGGUGA